UAUAGGACACUCGCGUGCGCGCGUCGAACGGUUUCUGGCCUUAUAUGGGGACUCGGAUGCGGAUGAGCAGUGUGUGUGGAAAAGUGUGUGAAAAGUCUGACGGCGAAACGGUGAACGGGGAUAACGCUGCGCGGUUUUUCCAGCUCUCGUGUAUUUUUUUUAUAACUAGAAUUCAAAAGGCAACAACAAAUGUUGAGAAAGGACCCUAAGUAAAUUUGCCAUAUACUUGCUUGAUGGCUAAAAUGUAAUAUCGAAGAAAGUAAAAAUUAAGUGAGCGGGAAAGUAUGCAAAAUAACUGAAUAGGCCGAAAUCAUUAACAAAUUAAAACGAGACACGCAAACAGGGGGCAGGAAAGUAAACCUACCUACCUACCCAUAUACAAAUAUCGAAAGGAGUCAAGUGUUCUUUGGAGGAGCUGUUUGCUGGCAUGCUUUGAGGCUAAUACCACCCACCCAUCAGCCAUCAGCCAUCACCUCCCACUCAUCUCCGUUUUGGCCAAUUUCUCCGUCUGCUUUCGCCGCUUUCUUUCUGCCGUCACCAUCAAAAGGCAUCGAAGCAAUGGUAGCCUCAUUAGCGACUUAGCAGAAUGGCGUAAAGGAAACCGAAACCGAAAACCACAAAAAAAAGAAAAGGAUACGCUGAAAGGGAUUCAGAGCAGCAGCCGCUGAAAAGGUGGAGAGCCCAUAAAAAAGGACAAAGAAAUUGUAUACUCUCAGCGAAUUUCAGGCAUAAUGAGUUCGCUCUUGAGCCCCUAAAAACCGAGCACCUCAAAUGCAAAUUGACAUUAGGCCGCCAAUCAUAAUCAGCACCGAAAUUAAUUAGACACGGCAGCCAGUCAACAAUAAGUCAGGAGCAACCAUGGCCUCACCGCCGGAAAGUCCCAUCGAGGAGGUGGUCUAUGAGUUGGAACACACACGAGUGCCUAAGCCCAUUCCCGUAGCCCUCGAGGAUCUGUGCCGGCAGACCAAGUUCACCAAACAGGAAAUCCGGGUCAUGUACAGAGGAUUCAAAACGGAAUGUCCCGAGGGCGUGGUGCACGAGGAUUGUUUUAAGGAUAUUUACGCCAAAUUCUUUCCACAUGGCAAUUCGAGUUUAUACGCUCAUUAUGUGUUCAAAGCGUUCGAUGUUAAUUGCAAUGGCGCCAUUAGUUUUCGGGAUUUACUGGUCACCUUGUCGACCCUGCUGAGGGGUUCGGUGUACGAACGACUGCGCUGGACCUUCAAGUUGUACGACCUGAAUGGCGACGGAAGGAUCAGUCGCGGCGAACUGAGCGAAAUCAUCUUGGCCAUUCACGAGCUUAUGGGAAGGAGACCGCAUCAGCCUGAGGACGACCGCAAGGCAAGGGAUCAGGUUGAUCGUGUGUUCCGCAAACUGGACUUGAAUCAGGACGGCAUUAUAACGAUAGAGGAGUUUUUGGAGGCCUGCCUGAAGGACGACUUGGUAACGCGAUCGCUGCAAAUGUUCGACAAUGACCUUUGAUGACAAGAGGGCGAGCUUGAGCCAGGGCUACGCACUUCCAGGACUAUAAUAUCCCUUAUAGAUCUUUAAAUGCAAUAAGCAACGCAAAGAAAUUGACAACCCCAUUAAAAAAACAAAAUCUAUUACAAAAAAAAGAAAGAAGAAGGAGAACCCAAACAAGCAUGCAAAAACACCAGUGAAAUUGAUGGAAAACGAGGAAAUGAAACAUAUUAGUAAUUAACAUUAGAUUAGGCAAAAUAUCGAAGGAAGAAUCUUUAAACUUUAUGAGUGUGUUAUUAUAUAACUAACGAUGAGGUCGACGAAGAUUAUAAAGAUUAUAAAGAAUAUGUAAUUUUUUGAGCAUAUUAUGAAUUUAAUCCUGCCGUGAAAAGCGAAUUGGUCUUAUAUAUGUAUUUACUAUAUAAAUAUGUAUAUGUACGAUAACUGUAUGUGUAAAUGAAUUUAAUUUCGAGAACAAAACUAAACAAAACCACCAAACCAAUGUUUGAUUCAGGAAUGGAAUUGGUAUACCGACAACAAGAGAAACCGAGCUCUCAACACGAUUUACUUUACUACAAAUAUGCAUAAAGAAUAAUAGAAUACUAAAAUAUAAAUUUACACUUAGCUAAAUGGAAUAUUACCAACCAAAAGAACUAUCUUAAAUGAGUUUUUUAGUUAAGAUUUUUCAGAUUUCGUUGUUUUCCGCAAGCUUUAUUAAAAAUUUAAGCUAUUUGAGCCGUUUUCUUCACUGUCAAUUAAAGCAUUAAAUAAAUAACAAGCGAAAAAUUAAUUUAAUUCAGACUGUGGAAUAUUCUAUUAAACCCAUUUUGAACGCUGUGCUUAUUUGCUUUGCAUCCACUAAUUGAAUUUACAAUUUGUCUCAAUAAAUUGGUUUGAAAUGGCAAAAAAUAGAUACUAUAUAAACACAUGAAUAAAUAAUGUAUGGGUUUUGUGUGCCCAACCAACCACCGAUAUAUAAAAAUAGCACUUGGCAAUUACGGAUUAUUUAAUAUUUAUACAAGGCCGUGUUGAUUUUUUAAUGUUAACUGCGAUUCACAACAUGAAUCUUCAAUUGAAUUACUUUUUUAUUAAAUUACCCAUGCCAGGAAAUAUAUUUACACGCAAAAGUAACUCCCCCAUAUUUUACACACCCCAUAUAUUUCAUCAUCCCCCAAAAAACAACCUAUAGAUGGGGAGCUUCAGGAAAAGACGACAAAAGUUGUGCAGCAAAAUGAAAAUGUAACAUAAUAUAGGAAAAGAGACGGUUUUUAUAAAAACUCAUACACAAACAUUGAAUGCUUAAUUGUGCAUCGACAAGACAAGACAAUCAAUGUGGUUUGAUAUUUCCUAUUUCCGCUUUAGUUGUACACAUUGUUCUUCCAUUGUUGCUUCAAACAAAAAACAUAUUUCUGUAUUGGAAACAAAGCCUUAAGCGAAGAACAUUAAGAAAUGAAAUCAGUGGUUUAUUGACGUCAGAACCUUUUUAUUUAAAUAUUCAACCUAGCUGGUGUGUCGUUUAAAAUGUGCUAACUGUGUACUAGAACAUGAAAAUAUCUAAUUGUUGGGUUUCAAAACUUUGCCAACAGUAAUUAUUAAAUUUAGAGGCUUAAUAUAGAUUCUACCAUAAUUUAAUUUCGGUUGAAUCAGAGCUUCAGCAAGCCUUCAACUUUGUUAACUAUAUUUCCACCAUAUUUCAGACAGGGUUCCAAAACAGGAAUGCUACCAUCAGUAAAAACAAACUACUCCCAUCAAAAGGCAAAGCCAUUUUAUGCGAUUCCAUCAUCAAAUAAUCUUAGCAUUAGUAAAUGUGUUGAAGAACAUUUUGUUGAAUAAAAUUAAUCUAUGCGACCUACUCGGUAAACCACCCACAAUUUCUAACUCUUAAGAAACGAUCUAUGCAAUAUGAACGUACACUGUCCAGAAAAAAAAAGAAAUGCCGAAGAGGCAAACUUAUUGAUAUUAACCUAUCAUCCGAAUUGAGGAAAGCUAAGUGUCUAACUAGUCAACAAAUAAAUAAUGAAAUUGAAACGCUUAUACCUAAUGUUAAAACUAAAGAUAUUUAUUUAACCAACCGAAUUGGAAGAUAAUGUUAUGAUAUCGGUUUAAGCUGCUAAAUGUCUUGAAAGAUUCGAACGGAAUAUCCACUAUGCUAUGUCGAUGUCAACGUUUAAUUGUUACUAGCUAGAUGGAUUGGGGAUCGAAAUCGCUAUCUCAGUCGGUUUCCGGUACCAGAACUUAAUAUAUGUGUAACUAACGUGUAGUAACUAAUUUUUAGCAUUACCUUACAACUACGUUUAAUUCGUAUUUAGUUGAAACUAAAUUUAAUCCAAAUGUACCUAUAGUAAAUGUAAAUUAUGAUAAUAAUUUUUCAGCCUAAGCGAUUUGUAAAAGAAGCCCAAGAUGUUUAUUAUUUUCAUUAGAACAUCCGGGAACCUAAAUCUUUAAGUUAACUAAAUAAAUGAUUUACGCUAUAAUACAAACAAGAAAGGAAACUUAACAAGAGGAAACCUGGUUAGUGAUUUGGAUUGUUUAUAAGUAAAUGAUAGGAAAACCCUCUAAGCGUUUAUUAACAAAUAAUACAACAAUAACUAUACUAUAAUACGACAUGACAAAUCCAUCUAUGUGUAAAUUUAAUUCAUUUAAUUGUCUAAAGAACCCGAUAACUCCUUUUUACAUUCAUUAUUCCUACCAAAAAUUCGAAACUAUUUGUUGUCAACUUUCCAAAUAAAUGUUUAACUUUACUAAAACAGAGAGUAUGGUUAAAAGUUAAACCACUAACCUUCAGUUAAAUACUGUCACUUAAAGAAAUACCUGAUAAAAGAUAAUUUUAGUAAUCCUAUAAAAGCUUAAUUUCAUUUGUUUUCGUUUAACCUAUGAUUUUAGUCUGAUAAAUAAAAAAUAUAAAAUUAAAUAACAGACAAAAAUAAAACAGUUCUUAUGCCACUUAAAAUAAUUUAAAUGAAAAUUAAGAAAACUUAAUUGAAAUCAGGCCCAAAAACAAAAUGGGUAAAAAGUAAA